AAAUUAUACGCGUCGCAUUGAGAACCGCCUUUUUUCGAAGUCGGUUAAAUAAAUUUAUGUAAAGGUAUGCUUCACCAUUGCAGGUUUCACAACACCAGGACAUCCAAACCAAAUCACAAUCAUGGCAAUGAUAUCAUAACCUACUAACUAAUAACCUAAAAUAUCCUUUAUCAUUCAAAAUUACAAACGUGUUACAAAAUGCUGGAUAAAUUCAGAAGCAUCAAACCAACUCACCUGUGGCAUCUUACCAGUUUGAAAGCCUUUAGAGCGGCCAUCAAAGAUCGAUACGAGGUCCGAAAGAACAUGGAUACAUGGUUCUACAAGCCCGGGCAAAGUUUAGCAUUUGCAGGUUUCAUCUGGCUUUCUACGCUAGCAUUCUUUUACUCUAUAGCAGCCAUCAAGCCAGGAGAAACAUUUAAACAUUAUCUACCAUACGAUUGUCAAUCACCAUCGGGACCUAAUAUGGAUGAUUGCAAGAAACAGCCUAAAACACCCCCAUGUCCGCCAACUAAGAAAAAAGAAUGCUAAUAUCAGAAUAUAUUGAUCUUAAGACUGAAUACAAAGUUAAAAUAAAUAAAUUAAUUUGAAAUUCAUUAA